AUGGCCGCCCGUCCAGCUCUGCGCAGUGCCGCGCGUGCUCUACGCCCCUCGUUCCGUUCGUGUAGCUGCCCGUCUGCCCGCUAUGCGAAACCCUUCAGCACAUCCCCCCUUCCGCAGAAGCCGGCACCCACCCCCAACAACCCCGAUGCUUCUUCCUUUUCCGACAAGACAACGCACUUUGGCUUCGAGGACGGCCUGUCGGAGGCUGAGAAGACGGAGCGCGUGGCCGGCGUCUUCCACAGCGUCGCCGAGUCGUACGACCGCAUGAACGACCUCAUGUCGUUUGGGUGGCAUCGCAUAUGGAAGGACCACUUCGUCAGCAGCCUCAACCCCGGCCUCUCCUCGCAUAACCCCCCGACCCCCCAGAACAUCCUCGACGUGGCGGGCGGCACGGGCGACAUCGCCUUCCGCAUGCUGCACCACGCCCACCAGCUCAACCGCAACCCGGACGUCCGCGUCACCAUCUCGGACAUCAACACGUCGAUGCUCGCGGUCGGCAAGCAGCGCUCGCUGAAGCUGCCGGCCUCGCAGCAGACGGCGCUCUCCUUCCUGCCGGCCGACGCGACGGUGCUGCCGGCGGCGCUGGCCCCGAACUCGUUUGACCUGUACACGGUGGCGUUCGGCAUCCGCAACUUCAGCAACAUCCCGCAGGCGCUGCGCGAGGCGUACCGGGUGCUGAAGCCGGGCGGCGUGUUCGCCUGCCUCGAGUUCAGCAAGGUGGGCAACCCGCUGCUCAACGCCGUGUACAAGCGGUGGAGCUUCAGCGGGAUCCCCAUGAUCGGGCAGCUGGUGGCGGGCGACCGCGACAGCUACCAGUACCUGGUCGAGAGCAUCGAGCGGUUCCCCAGCCAGGACGAGUUCCGGGACAUGAUUGUCGACGCCGGCUUCGUGGUGGGCGGCGAGGGCUACGAGAACCUGACCGGGGGCGUGGCGGCGAUCCACAAGGGCAUGAAGCCGCUGGAUGCCAAGUGA